UGUUUCCUGGGAUAAAGAUGCCAUGCUUUCACUGGGGAGACUGGCAUUUCAUCAGUUGCAAAGAAACAAUCUGCUCUUUUAUGACACAGAUUUGGAAUCCUGUGGUAUUGAUGCCUCCCAAGCAUCAGUGUAUUCAAGCAUGUGUACCCAGAUGUUUAAGGAGGAAAGAGGGAUCAUUCUUGGUACCACUUUCUGCUUUGUUCAUUUGAGCAUUCAAGAGUUUAUUGCAGCCCUUUAUGCACAUCUGUUUCUAGACAUCAACAAGAAAAGUGUGUUUGAUCAUCAUGCAUCUACAGAACAGGAAAACAAAAAUGAAACCAUGAUUGAUUUGCUCAAGACCGCAGUGGACAAGGCACUCGAGAGUAAAACUGGACACCUGGACCUUUUCCUUCGCUUCCUUCUUGGUCUGUCACUCCAGACCAAUCGUCCUCUCUUGCGAGGUCUGUUAACACAGCAAGAUGGCAACGACAAAAACUACAAUGAAAUAGUUCAGUACAUCAAGGAGAAAUUAGAAGAUAAGAAGAUGUCUCCAGAGAGAUCCAUCAAUCUGUUCUACUGUCUGAAUGAACUGAACGACCAAACUCUGGUGAAAGAGAUUCAGACUCAGCUUAGAGAAGGAAGUCUUUCAUCUGGUGAUCUUUCACCUGCCCAUUGGUCUGCUGUGGCCUUCGUUUUGUUGACAUCAGAGGAGGAGAUGGAGGAGUUUGACCUUCAGAAGUUUAAGAAAUCAGACGAGUGUCUCUUUAGGCUAUUGGAAGUUUUAAAAAUCUCCCAAAGAGCUCUGUUAAAUGAUUGUGACUUAACAGAUGAGAGCUGUUUAAAUUUGGCUAAAGCUCUCGGAUCAGAUAACAAUCUGAUAGAGCUGAAUAUGAGCAAUAAUAAUAUACAGGAUUCAGGAGUGAAGCAGCUCUGCAUUGGACUGGAGUCGUGUAAAUUGGAGAUACUGAAGUAA